AGGGAUCGACUUGAUCGUAGCUUUUUACGGGUGUCUCUACGCAGGGUGCGUUCCGGUUACUGUGAGACCCCCGCACCCCCAGAGCCUCUCCGCUACCCUCCCCACAGUCAAGAUGAUCGUCGAUGUCAGCAAGGCGGCCUGUAUCCUGACCACACAGAUCGUAUCGAAGCUGCUCAGAUCCAAGGAUGCGCUGACCACCGUAGACCUGAAGAGCUGGCCCGUUAUCAUCGACACCGAUGACUUGUCGAGGAAGAAGCCGCCCAGUGUGUACAAACCACCCACCCCCGAGAUGCUGGCGUACCUAGACUUCAGUAUCUCCACCACGGGCAUGCUGACCGGAGUAAAGAUCUACCCAGAUGAAGAUCAUAUCUUCAGGCUGAAGAGGAACCGUAUGCACCUUCAGAAAACCAUCGUCGAGUUCCUCCAGGACUGUUUCCAAGGCGACCAGGGCAGGAGCCCGUGA